ACAGUUUUCUCAAUGUUGACUGUAUUAAAUCCAGUGUAUUGAUGUUUUUUUCAUCUUGAUUGUCCAUCAAGUUUUUUUAAUCAUUUUUAAAGCUAGGUAGUCCUCAUAUUUUUAAGCAAUUGGAGUUUUAUUUCGGGCAUAGUAAAGUUAUUUGAAAAUUGUAACUUAAGUGAGUUCUUCGGUGUCAAAUCAGCAGUGAAAAUAUUCUGCGUUAGUACUCUUGGUCAAGGUGUUAAAUGCAGUCUUCUCCUAGCUGUACUCUUCCAGAGGAUUUAAUCGGCGAUGAUUUUAUUAAAGAUAUUUUAUCUUCAGCAGUUGACCUGAGAUUUUACAGUCAGGUUAUCGAGAAUAAAUUAAGAGAGGCUGUUAAUGCCUCGGUUGCUGACUACAUCAGUGAAAGUAGCAAUAUUGCUGCACUUCACAGUGAUAUUAAUGAGUGUGACUCAAUUUUGGAGAAAUUGGAAGAAAUGUUGGUAACAUUUCAGGCUGACCUUGGUAACAUAUGUCAAGAAAUUUUGUCACUUCAGGAGCAAUCGUUGUCCUUGAAUAUACGAUUAAAAAAUAAACAAGCCUUAAGGAGUGAACUGGUUCAAUACAUUGAUGAGAUUGUUGUCCCUGAGCCUGUUAUGCUUCAUAUACUUGACACGCCAGCAAGUGAAAAGGACUUUAUCGAUAAUCUUAUGAUAUUAGACCAAAAAAUUGAUUUUGUGGGCAACGAAAGCACCAGGGAGUCACUUCCAUGUCAGGAUGUUAAAGAGAUAUUGGAAAAAUUGAAAGUUAAAGCUAUUUCAAAGAUACGAGAGUAUAUCCUGAAAAGGAUACAAUUCUGCCGACGAGCCAUGUCAAAUUAUCAAAUGGAACAAAAUGCUCUCUUGAAGAACAAAUUCUUCUACACCUUCCUGUGUACACACGCACGUGAAAUUGCUCGUGAAGUGAAACAAGAGUAUGUCGAUACCAUGAGCAAGGUGUAUUUUUCCUACUUCAAAGAAUACAUAUCUAGAUUAUCUAAGUUAAAAUUUGAUGAGCUGCCAGAUAAAGAUGAUCUUAUGGCUGCUGAUGAUUCUCACAAAUCUAAAGUUUCCUUCUUUACGGGUAAACAAACCCUUAAAAACAGAUCAACCAUAUUCACAUUGGGAAACCGAGGAAACAUAGUCACAACCGAACUAGAGUCACCAUUAAUCAUUCCACAUACUGCAACCAAAAUGGAAACCAAAUUUCCAAUGGAAGCUCUCUUCCGAAGUCAUCAAUAUGCCGUAGUUGAUAAUGGCUGUAGAGAAUAUCUGUUUUGUGUUGAUUAUUUCAUGCUCAAAAAUGAAGCUGCAUUCAUGUUAUUUGAACGAAUUCUUGGAAAAACAUUGAAGUUUAUCUUGCAUCUUUGUGAAGAAGAAUUUCGUUCUAGUUACGAUUGUAUUGGUUUAUUUUUGUGUCUUCACAUUGUUUAUCGAUACCGGUUACUAUCUCAUAAACGAGCUGUCCCAGCAUUAGAUAAUUAUUGGGAAUCCAUGGUUGAAAUACUUUGGCCUCGAUUCGAAACUAUAUUCCAAAUGCAAAUUCAAAGUGUUAAAAAUUGUGAUCCCGAAAAAUUAGGAAAUUGUGACUCUCGACCACACUAUAUUACACGACGUUAUGCUGAAUUUUCUGCUGCAAUAAUGGCAAUUAAUGAUACAUUUCCUGACGAGAGAGUUUCUAUUCUUCUUGGCUGUCUGCAAACUGAAGUUGAAAAUUUCAUUCUAAAGAUGGCUGGACGUUUCAAUAACCCUAAAGAAUAUCUUGUUUUCUUAAUAAACAAUUAUGACAUGAUUUUAAACGUCCUAUUGGAACGUGUUAAAGAAGAAUCAAAGGAAUCUCAGAACAUCAAGCAACAUUUAAGCAAGCGAAUCGAAGAUUAUGUUGCAGAGCUCUUGGAUCCUCAUUUUGGUGGUAUGCUUCGUUUUGUUAAAGAUUGUGAAUCAUAUUUGGAACGAGAUGAUACCGAAUUGUUGAAACGUGAAGAGCCCAAGAUUGCCAAUAUUGUUAAAACAUUUAACAAUGGUUGGAGAAAAGCAAUUGAUGAAAUUAACCGUGAAGUUAUGCAAAAUUUUACCAACUUUAAAUGCGGUAAUAAUAUACAACAAGCAGCUUUAACUGAACUCAUACAAUAUUAUCAUAGAUUCCAUAAAAUCGUUUUCCUUAAUAUAUUUAAAAAUAAUCCUUCUCGUAGCUCUUUAAUCAAUGUACACCAACUAAUGGUGGAAAUUAAAAAAUAUAAGACAAAUUUUUGAACUUCAAGCAAAUCUAAAAU